UACUCCAAACGCAAUACGUACACCUCUCUCAUGACAACACAAAUCGCAUUUUUAAUUUCGCUUUGAUUUAUUAUAAUAUUGAGUAUCAUUUUAAGACAAAACUCCACUUUGUUUUAAGAUGUUUGUAAUACUUUCUUAAAAAGAAAAACAACAAAUUAACAAUGGAGCAUAAGUAAAAACAAUUGAUUUAUGAACUGCCAUUUUGAACACAUUCGCUUUUACAACUUCAUAUAUCACCAGCAAUAGAGCUGACAACUGGCCGAUGUGUAGCUAAAAAAAAGGUAAACAAACAAACUACUCGCAGGACUUUUUAACGAAGUCGCUUGUUUGCAUGUCGUCCGUAGCACUUGAGGAGCGACAAUGAAGGAAAUAUGUUUGGACAUAGACUUACACAAAGUGUGUCGAAUCUGUUUAUCACAAACCAAUAUGAACGAGACAUUGUUCAACAUAUUUACAGAUGCAAUUGUGGACGGUAGGAUUGUGCCACUGGUUGAAGUGAUCGAGAGCUGUGUCGGCAUACAGGUGAAAAACUCCCAGGAGCUUCCGAGUAAAAUAUGCCAGACGUGCAAAUCUAUCAUUCUCCAGUUUCACGUCUUUAAACAAAAGUGUAGUAGAGCGGAAAGUGUAUUGCGAGAGAUGCUGUUACACCGAACAUCAUUUACUGAGCACAUAGAAGAAGGUGGUUUCCCUGAUAGUGACUAUUUGGAGGAAAGUAAAUCAGUCCAUUCACCUUUGGUGGAAUACAUUGAAGAAACCAUCGAGGAGGCGCAGGAGGAGGAGGAGGAGGAGGAGAAGGAGGAGGAGAAGGUUGGUACUGUGUUAAACAGUGAAAAUGAAUCCGUAGCUCCCGAUGGGAUGUGGGAAAGUCUCAUCAGCCAAUCUCCGGAAGGUGUUGAAACUUCGGAUAAAGAUACUACAAUCAUUCAUACAGAGGAAUAUUUUUCCGAUAUGGGAGACGGAAAUUUUGUGUCCGCGUUGGAAAUAGCACCCAGCGUUGAACGAGCGGUGGCCAAAUAUGAACCAACAGCAUUGGAUGAUUUAAAAUCAGUGCAAAGCAAUAGUCAUGUAUGCGACAUAUGCGGAAAGAUAGCCCUCUCAAAAUCACGCCUGGCGAAACACAUGCAGCUUCAUAUUGAUUCUAAAAUAGUGCUCGAUCAUAUGAACUUUUUCAUUUGCACUUUCUGCCGAUAUGUGUUUCUGCGAGAACAAGAUUUGAGUGACCACAGCGUGCAGUGUUCCGGAUGCUUAAACUUUCCGGUUGUUGGAAAUGAGCCGUGCCGUGUUCGUGACAAUGUAGAACCUUCCAAGCGCAUUGUGGGAGGCAGUGGCGUCUGCGGAAUCUGUGACGCAGGGUAUGAUGAUCUGUUGCACGUGAAACAGCAUAUCAUUAGCCAUUUGGAAAAGUUUCCAUGUCCGUUGGAGGGUUGUGGAUGCGAGUACUCCUCACUGGCACGGUUGACCACACAUAUCAGCAAUCAGCAUGUCGAUUAUCUUUCGCCAAACUGUCCCCACUGUAAGGAAGAAAUAGAUCGAGUCGAUUUAAGGCAACAUGUAAGACUCUACUGCAAAGCGAAACAGUUUGAGUGUACACAUUGUGAUAAAAAGUUUCUCUCUUGGAAAGCAUUAUCACAACAUCUGAAAAAAAUAGACCAAAAGUUUCACUGUUCGCAAUGUGAUAAAUCAUUUUCGUCGCAAGCCUCGUUGAAACUACAUGAACGUACACACAGUGGUGAACGACCGUACGUUUGCACGAUUUGCAACAAGUCGUAUAAAACAUCUAGCUUGCGGACAGCGCACACGGAUACGCACAUCGUAGGGAAAACGUUCAAAUGCGAAAUGUGCGGUAAAAGUCUCCAGACGCGUGCCUGCUACAGGAACCACGUGAAACGACAUUUGGAACAACGCAAUCAUGGAUGUCCCGUGUGUGGAAAGAAAUUUUUCCAAAAAUGUACACUUCGUGUGCAUCUGAAAAUGGUGCACCGAUUGUCGGGCGAUAUGUUGGAUGUGUAAUAAACUUUUUUUUUAAAUAAUGGA